CCCAGGAUGAAUGAGGCGUGGGCGUGGCUGACGGCCGCACGCGACUGCCCAGCUCGCCGUCACAACGUGAAGGGAGGGGGCCCGUGAGGCAGGGGAAAGGAGCGGAGUCGCUGCUUUGCUCGGCGCCGCCGCCGUCGUUGUAACGGCUGGUCGCCGCCGCGUGUGCCCCUUUCUCCUCCAUGCACGAGAGCCGGAGCCGUCACAGCUGUUGCCCCGCCAUUUCUUUCUUCCGCUCGCCGCCGAGGGACCGUGGUAACCGAUUCCGGCGCUCCGUCGGUGGGUGACCGAGCGCCCCCGGCCGCCCUCUCUCAGCAUGCCAUGGGCAACAGCUGGGCGGCGCAGUGGUGUUGCUGGGUCUUCCCGAGACGGGAAGCGGGACGCCUCCAACGAGGAGGAGGAUCAAAGUACUUCAGGACAUGCUCAACAGGAGAACAUUUCACUAUAGAGUUUGAAAACCUAGUGGAAAGUGAUGAAGGAGAAAGUCCAGGAAGCAACCAAAGACCUCUGACAGAAGAAGAAAUCUCUGCUCUUCAAGAAAGGCAAUAUAAUUCCAUUGCUGAAAAACAGAGAACUUUAGAUGACAAGCUUCAGUCAGAGUUAGCCAUACAAGAGGAGAAGUUAAGAAUAGAAGAGGAGACUUUAUAUGCUGUGCAGCGUGAAAGAGCCAGGGCAGCAAAGCAAAGAAAGUUCGUGGAGCAACAAAAAUUGCAGAGAAUAACUCAGAAAGCAAAUCACGGAGAUGCCCAAAGUUCUAUGGUAGAAGAAGACUUGGAUUCUUAUUUGAGAAAUGUAAAACUGCCAUAUGAAGCUUUCCGCACUAGUAGACUUUCAUCAGAUGCUACUGUUCUAACACCAAAUACAGAGAGCAGUUGCGAUUUAAUGACCAAAACCAAAUCUACAAGUGGAAACGAUGACAGUAAUUCCUUAGAUUUAGAAUGGGAAGAUGAAGAAGGUAUAAACAGAAUGAUCCCUUUGAGAGAACGUUCAAAAACUGAAGAAGAUAUUCUCCGGGCAGCAUUGAAAUUUAAUGGCAAGAAAACUGGAAGUAACCCAACUUCCACCUCUGAUGAUUCUACCGGUUUGGAAUGGGAGAAUGACUUCGUUAGUGCAGAAAUGGAUGAUAACGGCAAUUCAGAGUAUGCUGGAUUUGUAAAUCCUGUUUUAGAACUUUCUUCAACAGACCAAAAAACUUCUGGUGUUGAUCAAGAAGUGAGAUAAUGAAAUUAGCCAUUGGGUGCCUAGCAGAAUGGCUGAAAUUGGAAAACCUACAAACCUGUAUGGUGCACAAUCUUGUAAUCACUGCUGCUGCUGCUGCUGCAAAACUUCCUUUUACAAUAAGGAAAUGAUACAGUGACUGCUGUUGGUGACUGAGCUCCAGAUUUCUAGAAAAAGAAGGAAUCUAUGCUACCUUAAGUCAAUUAAACAAUAUGGUUUGCUAACAAUUGUGGUUUGCUAUCUGAACUGAAUUGUAAGUGCAAUUUUUAUAAUCUACCUUUUAAAUGUUUAUACUUGAAUGAUUCUAUUAUGUCUGUUUUUAGUUUAAGCAUACAGCCGCCUACAUUAAAUAUGGCGUUACAGCUGAAUGUUUUAAUCAAUUGUCCUAUUUCAGUCUUUGGGUGGUUUUUUUUUUUCUUUAAAUACAGUGGUAUCUCAGUACUUAUCAUUAAUUGAUUCUGGGAGAUACAAUGAGUACCAAAUUGAUUUUUCCCAUAAGGACUAAUAUAGUGAGUCACAAGGCAGCCAACACAGACAAGUUCUAGCUUGUGCAUUGAGUACUAAGCAAUGAGUACCAGGACAAAAUGUUCACAUCAAAAUGCAUUGAGUACCAAAUUCAAUCAGUUAUAAAGCAGUUGAGUAACCAAAGUACCGCUAUACCUACAUUAACAUAAUUUUAGCAGGAAAUCUGAUCAGCACAUUUGUACUUGAAGUAUGAAACUAAGAAUAGGAAUUCUACUAUGGCUUCCAAAAAACAUAGGAUGCUGCCUUAUAUUGAGUCAGUCUUGAUCCAUAUAGCACAAUCUUCCAAGCAUUGGCACUACUUUCCCAGUUCUCUUGAUGUUUCAAGCAAUUCCCAGAUUUAUCUGGAAAUGUUGAUGACUGGACGUGGUGAAAGCAAACUACAUGUUCUGCUAUUCAGCUUAAGCAUCCCUAACAGUUUUACUUUUUUUCAGUUUAAUUUGGUUUGAAAAUUAAAUAAAGUUUGGGAUGUGUUUUUUGUUUAUUCCUCCUUGCGUUUUACUGGGAUUAAAUCUCAAGCACAAUAUCUUACAUUUGAAAGCAUUUUCUUUAUAAAGCUAAAGCAUUAUAAAUAAAAUUUAUCAUGGCAGUAAUGAGCCAUGUAACUACAGAAAUUUGGAAAUAUUGAAGACAGCUUUCUUUCAAAACAUUGGAUACCAAAACGCAGAGGUUUGCAUUUUAAGGUUCCACUGUUCUUCCAAAUUAAAAUGAUAAAUGCUUCUAAUAUAGUUACUUAAUUUUUAAAUUAUGUAAACUAUUGUCUAAUAAUUAGUAAUUUAGUGCCCUUCUGAUUUGUAAAAUAUCGACAACAUGAAUAUUUUCUUGGCUAAAUCAAUGCAAAUGCACAUUCCAAUCAAAAUAUAUCUUUCUGAAGUAUGUGAAACAUUCCAUUCUUGUAAUUUAAACUCAGUUUAUCAGAAUAACUUCUGAAAAUGGAUAGUGAUGACACUAUUAUUCAAAAAAUGUUACUUUUACCAGUAUGGUUCAAUCCCCCCCCCCCCCCCAAAAAAAAUCCUUGUACUUAAUUGGUUCUAACCAUUGAGACUAGAAAACUUAUCAUAAAACUGUUUUUCUGAUGAGACAAAAACUGCUUUGGAAUGAUGGUUACAUUUGUAUAAUAAAGUAGACAUGUCUCUCUCACAAGUAUCUGAUUUAUAACCAUUUUCAGAGUAUAGCAAUGUAGUACUGUAAAUCAGGGAGCAGCAGUGUUUACUUCCAUACCUCCUUGGGUUGUUGAACUUCAUUUUGUCCUACUGGUCAUGCUCUAAGCUUCCUAACAAGAGUUUUCUUGCAAAGCAUCAAUAAUGAAAUGCCAUAGACACACAUAGACAACAUGAUGGCUUCUAACAGCUGCUGCUACAGUCAAAAGGAAAACCAGAACUGCAACACUGAAAAUCAUUUGAUUUUUAAGUUUGUUUCCUUCAAGUCAAGUUUGACACACGCAAAAAAACCUCUUCAUGGACAUGAAAAAACCCCAAGAGUUACCUUCUCCAACCCACCCACCCACUUUUGUUGUUGUUGUUGCAUGACAACAACAUCUAGAAGUUGCAUGACAGUUUUCUUCCAGUAUCUUUUUUCCACUUCUCAGUCUAUACUACAGCUAUCGUAUUGACUGGAAUUUCUGUCCCAAGUACUACUCAGAUCUGACCUUAAUUGGGUUCCAAGGACUGACAAAAUUAACCAGAGCUGCCAGCUGCUGAACAAAACCUGAACAUCUCUUUGCUACCAAAUGCAGUAGGGGUUUCUAAAACCACUAAAAGGCAUACACUAAUAACUACAUAUAUUCUACUUGGUAAGCUUGUGCUUGGCAUUUGUCUCUUUUCUGCUCUGUAACAAAAUUUAUUACUGCCACAUUGAUUCAUUUAACUUUUUUAUAGAUUAAUUUAUAGGUUAUGAUUCCAGAUUCAGAAUAUUUAUUGUUUACAUUAUUCACAACUCGAGUUAUGGGUUUGACGAGGGCAACAACAGUAAAUAGUUAUGAUAUAUUUAUAUGUAAAAAUUUAAUGUAUACUAAGGCCAUCAUUUGAUUUCUUUUCCUGUGCCUUUUCUGUUUAAAUUAAAAGACAAAUUUUAUCAUUCACAAUACCUUACACAAUUUUUUCUUCAUAUAUUGCAUUUCUAAAGUAGAAGUUUGCUGCUGAAAAAAAUUGAGUUCCGUAUUUUCAGUUCUUGGACUAUGCUUCAUAAGAGAUUUUGUACAGUGCAGAUAUAUAGAUAUAUAUGUGUGUAUGGUUUAAUAUUUCUGUCACUUCAUAAAUGCAUAAAUCCUUAAAUGUUUAGAUUUAUCAAGCUGUGAAUAAAUUUUUUAUGCACUUCA